AUCACAUCCCAAUGCCUCGAUGCUUUUCUUGAUUUCUUCUCCUCGCCUCGUGAGGGGCCCCACGGGAGAGCACCAUAGGGAGACGGGACCGGCCAUUGCUAUUUCCAUCACUGCGGUGGUCUCGUCCUCCGCCUCCCGGUAGCCGCCGGCCGUCCCGGAUGGGAAGAGCUCCCGCUCUCCUCUCUUUCCUUCUCCACAUCCUCUUUCUUCUGGGGAGAGUCCGGUGCUCCGCUGUCGCCGCCCUCGGCCGCAGAUUGCCGCCCUCCACCGACGGUGUUUGCGCUCGGCUGAUUCGACCUUUGGGCUACCCUUGCUCCGAACACGCUGUUGAAACAGAGGAUGGCUACAUCUUAUCUGUUCAACAUAUUCCAUAUGGGAGAAGAGCUCUAGCGAAAAAAUCUGGUCCUCCAAUUUUCCUUCAGCAUGGCCUUUUUCAGGGAGGAGACACGUGGUUCAUGAAUUCUGCUGAAGAGUCGCUGGGAUUCAUCCUUGCUGAUAGUGGUUUUGAUGUAUGGGUUGGGAAUGUACGUGGUACACACUGGAGUUACGGCCAUGUCACCUUAUCUGAGAAUGAUAAGGCAUUUUGGGAUUGGAGUUGGCAGGAACUAGCUCAAUACGACCUGCUGGCUAUGAUAGGCUAUGUAUAUUCAACAACAAAUUCCAAAAUUUUCUACGUAGGCCAUUCACAGGGAACUAUCAUGGCUUUAGCUGCUUUCACCAUGCCAAAUGUGGUUCAAAUGAUUGAAUCUGCUGCUCUUCUUUGUCCUAUAUCAUAUUUAGAUCAUAUCAGUUCGAGGUUUGUUCUUAGAGCAGUUGGCUUGCAUCUCGAUCAGCUGCUUCUCACUAUUGGCAUUCAUCAGCUUAAUUUUAGAAGCAAUAUGGGUAUUCAGAUACUGGAUUCUGUAUGUGAUGGCCAUAUGGACUGCAACAACUUGCUAGCUGCAAUAACAGGUCCAUUGAACCGGUAUCGAGACCCGUGCCGGUCAGCGCCUUUCGGCUUUCCCAACAGGGGAAAAUUGUUGCUUCAAUGGGUCUCGCGUAAACUAUUACCUGGAGUACGAACCUCAUCCAUCAUCCACAAAAAACCUGAACCAUCUUUUUCAAAUGAUCCGCACAGGCACCUUUGCAAAGUAUGACUAUGGGUGGUUGCGGAACCUGAUACAUUAUGGCCAUUUGCAUGCCCCAGCAUUUGAUCUGUCAAAGAUACCGGACUCAUUGCCCAUAUGGAUGGGCUAUGGAGGUACCGAUGCAUUAGCAGAUGUUGCUGACGUUCGCCGCACUAUCAACGAGUUGAGAUCUAAGCCUGAGUUAUUGUACAUUGAUAAGUACGGUCAUAUCGAUUUCAUCCUGAGUGUAAAGGCAAAAGAUGAUGUAUAUGGUGAAUUAAUAAGGUUCUUCAGAUCUCAGGGAUGGCCUAGCAGUUAUUAGAAUGCGUUGCCAUUACUACAGGUGCUGAUUGCUGUAUAGUUUGAGUUUGAGUUUGUACAUAAAUUCUCUUAGUUUAGCAUGUUGUAGUAACUAACAGCAUAAGAGGGACUGCACAUUAUCUUGUUAGAAAUAUCUUGGAGAGGAACAGCCACCUAUGAACAAGACACCACCACAUUAAGGGGUGCUUAUAUAGAA